AUGAGAUCAACCCGUCAUCUUUUCUCGUCCUCUUUCUGGCUGCAUCAUCUUUCAGUCGCCAAUCCCUCAUUCACGUUCGACGGCGUCGGGAUCGAGAGCGAUUGUGAGAAGCUACUUUUGGACUACGGGCUACGGGUCGCCAAUUGGGUUGAUCUUCGGGGUUUCGCGGCGGAGAGGUUGGGGGUUGGGGAGCUGAGGAACGCCGGGUUGAAGCGGUUGGCGAGCGCAAUGCUGGGGAAGGAGCUGCAGAAGCCAAAGAGGGUGACGAUGAGCAGGUGGGACAGUCAGUGGCUUUCUUAUAAUCAGAUUCAGUAUGCUGCUGUUGAUGCUUUUAUUUCUUAUGAGAUUGCUAGGCAAUUGAAUCGCUAG